AGCAGUAGGCAUUAUAAUACAUUAUUUUUCCCUAGGAAUUCUAAUGGCAGGACAAGUUGCAGCAAUAAAAUUACGGCAGUUUAUAGAUCCAGCACCAGAGACCAUUCCAGGAACUAUUUUUCAUCAGGGAAAGGAUGUUAUUGGUUACUUUCCUGGACAACUGGCACGACUUUACAUUGCAUAUCCUCCUGAAAGGCAGUUAAGACAUUUUACAAAACUACAGCCAGCUCCAGAAAAAGAUGAAAUUAUAUAUCCACAUGAGUUUGAUUAUUUAAUUCUGCAGCAGUAUAUUCAUUAUCAAAGUGCAAAGAUGAAGGUCCUUGACUGGUACACACAAACUACAUACAAAGAAUCAUUUACAUUGCCAUGUUUCAAAUCAGGCAGUGCUGAUGAUAGCUAUCGCCGAAGAUCAGAUGCUGAAAUACUGUCACUUUGGAAAAGUACAUCAGCUAUGAAGAAAGACAGAGUAAAACCUUCUUUCAUGGGAGUUUGA